AGAAAAUACAUCUCAAGUUUGCCAACAAGACUUUUAUCAAAUAAUGAUAAGUCUGGCCCUGAUCGUUGACUUUUGUCGCCAAACUGUUUCGCAGUCGCAGUUUUUUGUUUUUUUACUCUAAAUUGCCGAAUUCUUUGGUUUAGUGAAACGAACGAGGAUAUAUAAAUGAAUAUUCGAUAUUUCGACAUCUCAGAUGGUGACGAAACCCGGAGAAGUCGCAGUUCACUGCUCUUACGCAUCGUCAUUUCAUCCCUAUUUUCAUCUGGACAUUCUACCAGAGUAUAAAAUAGAAAAACACAUUUUCCAAACUUCUGUGGGAUCAGCCAACGGAAGCAGGGAAGAAACUCUCCUUUACAGAAUUCCCGGAGGGCCGAAAUCCGCGCCUAAGAAUGGAAAGCAACCCAUGUAUAUUCAGCAUGGGAUUUUGUGUGAUGCUGAUCACUGUGCCGUUAAUCAACCCCUGAUAGCGAUUGCGUACAUCUUGGUGGAUCAAAGCUACGAUGUGUGGCUGGGAAAAAGCAAUACGACUAUCACCGGAAAUAUUGUGUCAUCAGAGAAGUUGGAGGAGGAACGUUUAGGAUCCGUUGCGGAUUACGUUUUGGAGCAGACGGAACAAGAGGAACUUUCUGUCCUCGGAUAUUUAAAUAACACAAUAAAAAUAUUCGGAAUAGCACGGAGUGACGACAAGAAGCCCGAGGAGAAUUCGGGAAUUUCAAAGUGGUUCGAUAAAAUUCCCGGAGUCCAAACAGCGAAGAAAUGGUACAAGAAGGGUCAAAAUUAUUUGACAAGCACCUACAACAAGAUAAUUGGGGGAAUCGAUUACCUCGGCAGGAAGAUGGACUACAUUGCCGAUGAUUUGUGCAUUCGUCAAAUAACGGAAAAGGUUUUCAACGCCUGGGGCAUCUCGCCAACGAUGAUAGCACGCACCUUCAAAAUCGAAGAUUUUUCGCGAAUGAUUGGUCAUCCUGAUGUUCAUCUGUCAACGCCUGAGCUGAUCGAGAAGUACGGUUACCACUCGGAAUCCCACGAGGUGGAAACCGAGGACGGGUACAUUCUGACUGUGCACCGUAUCACUGGGGGAGCUAAACAUCCUCCAAGUCCAGGAAAGCCGGUCGUGAUCCUUCAGCAUGGUGUCCUGUCCAGCUCUGCCGAUUGGGUAAUCAUGGGCCCGUCAAGGUCGCUGGGCUACAUUUUAUCGGACGUCGGCUACGAUGUUUGGCUGGGAAAUUCCCGAGGAAACACAUACUCGAAAGCACACGCAAAAAUCUCACCCUCGGAUUCCAAGUUCUGGGAAUUUUCGUGGCAUGAAAUGGGCGUGUACGAUAUGCCAGCGGUGAUAGACCACGUUCUGAAAGUGACGAAAAUGGACGUCCUUUCCUACGUCGGUCACUCGCAGGGAACCACUCAGCUCCUAGUCAUGCUGUCGGAGAAACCUGAGUACAAUUCCAAGAUAUCCUCCGCUGUUACCUUCGCGCCGAUCGCCUACGCUGGUAACAUGCGAAGCCCAAUAGUGAAACCUUUCGCCCGAGUCAGCACUCCGCUUUACUACCUCCUGCGGCUGUUCGGCGUCAACAGCUUUUUGCCAACAAAUGCAUUCCUCACAGAGAUCGGACGCGAUAUAUGCGAGUCCAAGUCAAUUCUGCAGGUCGUUUGCAGCAAUACUCUGUUCCUGGCGACUGGAUACGAUAUGAGUCAAGUGAACUCGACAAUGGUUCCAGUCAUUUUGGGGCACGUACCAGCAGGAGCGUCGACAAAGCAGUUUGUACAUUUUGGUCAGCUGUACAAUUCUAAAAAAUUUCGCCAGUUCGAUUAUUCGGUAUCUUUCAUUAACGAUCAAAAGUACAAUCAGGCUGAACCGCCCGAAUACAACUUACAAAACGUUCGGAUUCCGAUGGCCAUUUUUUACGGAUCAAACGAUCUACUGGCGGAUUACAAGGACGUGGAACGACUUGCGAGUGAACUUCCAAACGUUGAAUUGAAGCACAAAGUGUCUCUAGAGAACUUCAACCACAUUGAUUUCCUGUACGGUGUCGACGCGCCCAACGUCGUCUACCGACACGUCAUCAAAUAUUUACACGUAUGUAAAAAGCUGGGAACCGGAGGACCCAUCAAUAGAGUAGGAAUAAAUGACACUCAUUCAUGAAUACAUGCGUAAACACAUCCGUUGACAAAAACAAGAAGGAACCGCGUGUGCCACGAGAUAUCUUCUUACGCGAUGUUCGAAAUGCUCUUUAGAAUGUACAUAAAAUACAGAAAUAAAUUAUAUCGAAGAAUUGUAUUCACGUAAUAUAUACUUAAUUAAGAUCAAAA